AUGGCCAAGUUAAACUUAACCAGGCAGCAUGUUUCAUUGCAGGUUUCCAAGAAGUACAGUGAGAUAGAGGAGCUCUACCAGAGACUGGCAGCACGGUAUCCACAGGCUUCACUUCCACUCUUGCCAAGAAAAGUUCUUUUCGUGGGGGAAUCUGACAUCUGCGAACGAAGAGCUAUGUUCAAUGAUAUCAUGAAAUUCAUCUCAAAAGAUGAGGAUCUAGCAACGAGUCCUGAGUUACUGGAAUUUUUAGGAACAAAAUCUAUUAGUGCCAUUGACUUCAAGGGUAUAAACAUUCCUGAUGACAAGGAGAGAGAAGAUGAAGAAAGUGAGGCACUGGAUUUUUUCAAAGAGGAGAAGACACCUGACUUAAUCUCACAGCUUUCAUCAGUGGAAAAUGCCAAAAAAGGGGAGAAAAAGGAAGAGGAAGAGGAGGAAGAAAUUUUAGACCCUCUCGGUAUAAUCAGAACUAAAAAAACAAAGAAGACAUCUGCUCCUCCAACCAAGGAAGAGAAGCCCAAACUAACCAUUUUUGAAGAGGAAGUAGAUACAGAUGAAGGACUUUUUGGCCCAGAAAAAGAUUUCUCAUCAAUUGGUCCCAGGAAGAAGAUGAAAGAGAAUCUGAAAUUAUUUGAAGAUCCAGACCUUGGUGGGGUGGUAAGACUAGGUGACUCACUGCUGCUGCCAGCUGCGUGUAAGAACAGGGAGUAUGUGCUGAACACCGGUCCUGAGGAGGACACCGAGGAACUGCUGAGAGUUGAAGAUGAUUUAGAGAAACUCUUGAAGAUAACCUCCAAACCAAAACCUAAGGUACCAUCAAAACCACCACUGCCUCAGAAGCCAGCAGUUGCCCCCAGGAGCACUCAUUCAUCUCCACUGGCAAAGCCAAAGGAAAACAAGAUUCAGACAAUGAAUGAAGUUGACAUUCUUCAGUAUAUCCAGGAAAAUGAAUCUAUCAACAACCAAGAUACAAGUCUUUUUUGA